CUUUUGCUCUUCACAUCACACAAAAUGCAUCCUUUCUCCAAGCUAUCAAUUGUUGCCUAUAGAGAUUUCUGAUCCCUCACUGAUAUAUGUAGACCAUACCUGUCAAUAUAGUUUAUGUGGAUUCACUUAGACUAACUAGAAAAGCUGAAGUUUGCAUCUGUUACUGCAGCUCCAGCUCGUGAAAAUACUCCUGAAUAUACGAUAAAUACAUCUGUCAGAGUUCCUCUUGUGGCAAUCAUCAUUGCGUCAGUGGUUUUUGUUUUAAUGUUCAUCGCGCUUUUGCCUUUCAUGUACUCAGGAGAAAAGGCUUUAGUUUUGAUUGUUUGUAAGUACUACUAUACGCUUUCUUUUUAAUUUUUAUUUUGUCUUCCUUACCCAUGACUGCUAGCUAGUGUCAUAAUCUUUCAAUUUGAUUUACUUCAGGCGCAGUUGCAGAUAAACCUGUUUCAGGCUACAAAGUAGGUUCCACUCUAUAAUUUUUUUUUAACUGUAUUUAUUUUACAUGGACUUGAUACAGCUAUUUGAAUCAACUGCAAAUCAGAUCAGGACUUUUCAAAGUUUACAGAUUUGAUGAGCUUAAAGCUGCAACAAAUUUACUUCUCUGAUGAUAACAAGCUUGGACAAGGAGGAUUUGGAUCAGUAUAUAAAGGAGUACUUCAUGGAGAACAGAUAGCAGUGAAGAAGCUUUCUGCAGAAUGUCUGGGACAUCGAGCAAGGGGUGAGAGCAAUAAGAAGUGAGGUUGAAUCCCUUGCAAUGGCGAAGCACAGAAACCUUGUGGAACUCUUUGGGUUUGCAAGUCAUGGAAAUGAGCAACUUCUUGUUUAUGAGUCCCUGGAAAACAAGAGCCUUGAUAUGUUUCUAUUUAAUCAAGUCAAUCGUCAGUUACUUCCAUGGCAAACCAGAUACAAUAUCAUUGAUGGAGUUGCUAGAGGCCUUGCUUAUAUUCAUCUCGGUUUAUCGACUCCAAUCAUUCAUCGUGAUCUCAAAGCUAGUAAUGUCUUGCUGGAUGGAAAUAUGAACCCUAAAAUAUCAGACUUUGGUUUGGCAAGGAUUCUGGGAGAUGAUCAGACUCAUGCCUAUACAUGUCACAUAGCUGGAACAAGGGGAUAUAUGGCACCAGAGUAUCUUUCCUCUAACCUUUAUUCAGGCAAGUCAGAUGUUUUCAGUUUUGGUAUUCUCAUACUGGAGAUUGUUAGUGGAAAGAAGAACAAUAGUUACUAUUUCAUCUGUGAUAAGGGUCUUCCUGACCUCCAAAGCUAUGCGAAGAAGGUUGGUAAUGAAGGGACGUUUUUGGAGCUUAUAGAUGAGGACUUAAAUCAGAAUUAUAAUGAACAACAAGCAAUGAAAUGUGUCAAGAUUGGGUUACACUGUAUUGAAGAAAAUCCAGCAGAUAGACCCACCAUGAAAGAUGUUCUAUGCAUGCUUGACAAUGAGUAGUUUUCCAGAAUGAAUUAUCAGUCCAACCAUAGGUUUAUACAUUUGUAUGUAUGUAUGUAUAUAAAUGCACUGUUGGUCUUUAUACUAUAGUGUGUGCACUUUUGCCUUUAUAAUUUAGAAAAGAACAUUUUGGUUCUUGUACUA